AUGAUUGUUGCAGGAAGGUUUAAAAUAGAAGAAAAGCUCGGAAGCGGCUCGUAUGCUGAUGUCUAUUGUGCAAUGGACAUGAAAACGAAUGAAAAAGUGGCUGUAAAGUUAGACCACUCUACAAACGAUCCAGCAAGAAUUAACUCUGAGUCUAUGUUUUUAGAAUUGCUAGAAAAUAGUCAGUACUUCCCUAAAUUAAUAUGGCAUGGGAAGUACAAUUCUUCGAAGGCCAUGGUUACUAAUCUACUAGGGCCUUCUAUCUUUGCUGAGUAUUUAAAAAGGAAUCGUUUUACAAAUAUAGAGAUUGCCUCAAUAGGAACACAAAUGGUGUCUGCAUUAGAAAUUAUACAUGGCCAAGGAAUUAUACAUAAAGAUAUAAAACCAGACAAUAUAUAAUUAUUUAUAAUGAUUCCAUCAAAAGCUUAAAGAAGCAAAAUUUAGAUUUAAAUAAUAUAAAAGCCAACAAUUAAAAUAAAAAAAAAUACUUAUUGACCCUAUUGUAGGAAUUGAAAAAGUGUAUCUUAUAGAUUUUGGUAUUGCAAAACGGUAUGCAGACCCAAUUUCAAAGCAGCAAGUCCCUUUUAGGGAUGAUAAUGAAUUUAAUGGAAAUUUGAUGUUCGCGUCCAAAAACGUUGUAAUGGGCUGUACACCAAGCCGAAGAGACGACUUGGAGUCUCUGGCGUAUACACUUAUUUUUUUACUAACUGGCACUCUUCCAUGGUCAAAAAAGCGAAAAGCCUCCGAAUCAUUAAGACGGCAACGCCAAUUAGGCCUUUUUACUUCUGAUUUCGCGAGGAUUCCUGAAGAACUGACAAAUAUUGUUAUACUAAUUUAUGUAAAAUAUAAUUUUUAUUUUUUUUAAAUAAUUAUAAUAUAAUAUUAAUAGUAUAGUAUAAUUAUUCGCAAAAAUUAAAGUACCAUGAAAGGCCAAACUACCAGUAUAUUAUUUCAUUAUUGAAAGAAAUAUCCAAAAGAGAAGACUUUUACGUGAGAACCCCUAAUAGAAGGCCUGAUGUUAUUCCUCUGGAAACAGAAUUCAGGUCAAAAAUUAUCUCAAAAAGAAGCAGAAGUAUGAAUCAGAAAGAAAGUUUUAUGGGAAAUCAAGUAAUAAGAGGAGUAUCAAAUAUCGAUAUCGAUAAUAAUCCGACGCUUGACGGAACAUCACCAAGUAUUUCACAAGAAACCAGAAAAAGAAUAAUUGGGUUAAGGAGAGAUUCUAGAGAGAAUUUGUCAUGGAAAUAUGUAUUUACGCAAUGCUAAUAUAAUUAAGUAUAAUCAGUCCAUAAGCGGAUAGGCCAUUAGCAUGCGCAUCUGGCGUAAUCUCUCCUAACCUAAAAAUUAGCUCCUCUUGUCGAUGCCUCACUAGCAAAAACUAACUAAAAACUAACUGGGAGUUAAAAUCUGUCUAGCUCAUACGGCAGGAGCUGGAAAACAUUUGGGGGAGAAAAAAAAAUUUAGCAGGCUCCCAAACACUACAGACUACUUCAAAAGUGACAGAGGCACUAUUCUCAGCUUCAUCAUCCAUAGUUAAUGCGUGCUGGAGUUUAUCUUCAUUCGAUGUUACCAUUUUUAUUUCUUAA